AGAGUUCAAAACGGAAUGUUUGUUUACAAACACAAUUUGACAAAUUACAAAUUUCUGAAAUGUGUCACGAAUUUGCUAAAAGGCACCUUGAAGCUAUGGAACUGGAACUGUUUGUUACAGUCGUUUCACGCGUAAUUUAAUGUUAUAGCGUUAUUUUUGUAAGAAAAAUGGAUUUAUUGUUUCUAAAAGGGGUCAGUGUGUUCAUCAGAUCAGUUUCUAAAGAGUUGAGUCAGCCCUACAUAGCAACAAGAAAUUUUACAACAAGCGUACAAUGCUUUGUGAAGAGGAAAUAUCCUAUAAAUGAAGAAGAAUCAAAGUUACUUCCAGUGUUUCAGUAUCCUGUGAGCUCCAAGGGUAUUCGCCGUGUCUAUGUAUGGGGUUUGGCAGAGCAUGGAGCAUUGGGAAAUGCACUGGAAUGCACAAAAAGUAAAAGGACACCUCUAAAAAGUGUUCGCCAUCCAAACAGACUUCAUUUUGCAGAGAAACACAAGAUAGUGGACAUUGCAUGUGGAUAUGGUUUCACAGCAUUUGCUGUAGAUGCCAAGGAUGGAUACAAAGUAUUCGGCUGUGGGAUAAAUACAGAUUCACAGAUAGGGUACCAUGCACCACGUAGGGAUCAUCCCCUGGGGCUUGUAUUAGCACCUGCCCCUGUGGAGUUGCCAGUGCACAGUCGAGUGAAGAAGGUUGCUGCUGGGCGUGCACAUCUUAUUGUAUUAUCAGAGAGAGAAGGAGCUUUUACUCUUGGCAAUAAUGCUUAUGGACAGUGUGGCAGGAGGAUAAUUGAAGAUGAGAAGUACUCUGGGAGCCAGACAGUCCAUUGUAUUCCUUCCCUUGAUGGAGCUGUGAUUGAAAAGGUCUUUUGUGGACAAGAUCACAGUAUCUUUCUCACUAAAAAUGGAGAUCUAUAUGCGUGUGGUUGGGGAGCUGAUGGCCAAACUGGAUUAGGCACUUAUGACACAGUUUAUACGCCUACAAAGUUGAAAGGUGAUGUUGGAGGAGAGAAUAUCAUAAAAGUUUCGUGUGCAGCUGACUGUGUGUUGGCACUUAAUGCUAAGGGUGAAGUUUUUGGUUGGGGAAACAAUGAAUAUGGACAGCUUCUGUUGCCAACUGACUUGCAACAACUGAAUGAACCAAGACACAUCAAGCUUGCUGGUGUGGGCAAAGUACUGGAUAUUGCUUCUGGAGGAUCUUUCUGUCUUGUAGUAAAUGAUGCAGGUGAUGUUUUUGUCUGGGGUUAUGGCAUUCUUGGAGUGGGUCCCUCAGUUGACCAUGCAAAAAAGCCAGUUCUUAUACCACCAACACUCUUUGGUAGAAAUGAAUUCAGCACAGAAUCAAGAAUUGUUAGUGUAGCUGCUGGAAUGAGCCAUAUGGCUGCAGUUACCAAUUACGGAGAUUUGUACAUGUGGGGCCGAAACAGGGGUGGUUGUUUGGGUCUUGGACAUGAAAACAACCAAUUCUUUCCUCUUAGGGUUGCAGUGGGAGCUCAAGUGAAGAAAGUUAGCUGUGGAGUGGAUCAUACAGUUGCAUUAUGUCAGCCAUAUGUUUGAUAAAUAUAAAGAGUUUGCAAAUAGUAUAUGUAGACAUAGAUAUAGUAAGGAUAUAUCAUUUUCAUUUGUAAUUUGAAAUAAAUAGUAGGAAAGUUCUGGUGAAAUUUAAAUAUUAAUACUUCAUUUGAAAUGAAAUGUUCCAAAUUUGCCUUUCUAAGUUUGCUAAAUGAAAAGAGUUAAAACAAAUAAAAUUAAUCCAUUCACAUACAGAAAAAUAAGAUCAUUGAUAAAGAAGAUCAAGGAGGACAUGAUGAUAUGAAGCAAACCAAUAAAUAAGUGACAUUUGAUAAUCUGAAUAGAGAUGAUCUGAAAAUCAAAUUGCUUAUUCAUUUUGUUGUGAAAUACAAUUUAGCUAAAGAAAUACUACAAAUGUUUGAAACAAGAAAAUGUAUUUUUAUGAAACUUGUUGACCUGUGGUUUUACUUCAGUUUCAAUGUAAAUCUGGCAUAUAAUCCAGAACUUGACUUACAAUUAUGUAAUAAAAAUGUUAUUGUACAUAGUCAAUUAAAAUUUUGUUUAAGUGGCUGGGUGUUUUACAGAUGACAGCUACAGGAAACUUGCUUGAUGAGAUCUGAAGCACUUUGGGUGUGCUAAUUCUGUGUUGUGCAUUUUGAACAUUGUGUAAAUAGAUGUAGAAACUGGCCAUUGUAUUUAGCUUGAUUUAUGACACAGACAGAUGUGUAAACCAUGUCUGGAGAAAAUUGUAACUGAUUUCUGGACUGCAAAAAUAUGUUAAUAUUCACUAAAACCGUAAUUUCACACAUGUAUGUGUCAGUUUCCUUGUGUGAAUGUGUGUUUGUUUUCUAUUUCUGAAGGAAGACUUUUUGUCCAAAAUGUUAAAUGUUUAGCAUCUUUUCGUUAUGCCUGUCUGCAACUCAAUGCCUCCUCUGUGUGGUGAAUAUCAGUCUAUUCUUUUCAUAUAAUUGUUGUUAUUUAAUCCUGGACUUUGAAUUAUUACUACUACUACUACUACUACUACUACUACUACUAAUACUAAUAAUAAUAAUAAUAAUAAUAAUAUUUUAAUUUGUGGUUGUCAUCAUCAUAUUUCUUUGUCUCGUUUUUUGGAUUAGCUUUUUAAGUACUGCAAAUAUUCAUGAUGUAACUACAUUUUUUCUUUCUACAAUAAAUCAGUAAUACUAAUCAACCAAGUUUUAAUGUUUUAUUAAUUAUUAAGUUACACAUUUCCCUCUACUCACACACAACUGAAGACUAUCCAUUGCUGCUACUCAAGACUGACUGUAGUAUGACGCAGCUGGCAGCUAAGCUGGUCUACUGAUACAUUUAUACAACUUUUUUAACAGUUAUGUGCAUUUUACAUAACAUUACAUCCGUAAGAUAACGAAUCUACAUCUACAUCCAUACUCCACAAGCCACCUGACGGUGUGUGACGGAGGAUACCUUGAGUACCUCUAUCGGUUCUCCCUUCUAUUCCAGUUUCAUAUUGUUCCUGGAGAGAAGGAUUGUUGGUAUGCUUCUGUGUGGGCUCUAAUCUCUCUGAUUUUAUCCUCAUGGUCUCUUCGCAAGAUAUACGCAGGAGGGAGCGAUAUACUGCUUCACUCCUUGGUGAAGGUAUGUUCUUGACACUUCAAUAAAAGCCCGUACCGAGCUACUGAGCGUCUUUCCUGCUCAUCUCCGUAACGCUUUCGCGAAUACUAAAUGAUCCUGUAAUGAAGCGCACUGCUCUCUAUUCGAUCUUCUCUAUCUCUUCUACAUAUCAACCCUAUCUGGUACGGAUCCCACACUGCUGAGCAGUAUUCAAGCAGUGGACAAAUAAGCAUACUGUAACCUACUUCCUUUGUUUUCGGAUUGCAUUUCCUUAGGAUUCUUCCUAUGAAUCUCAGCCUGGCAUCUGCUUUACCGACUAUUAAAUUUAUAUGGUCAUUCCAUUUUAAAUCACUUCUAAUCCGUACUCCCAGAUAAUUUAUGGAAUUAACUGCUUCCAGUUGCUGACCUGCUAUAUUGUAAGCUAAAUGAUAAGGGAUCUUUCUUUCUAUGUAUUCACAGCACAUUACACUUGUCUACAUUGAGAUUCAAUUGCCGUUUCCUGCACCAUCUGUCAAUUCACUGCAGAUCCUCCUGCAUUUCAGUACAAUUUUCCAUUGUUACAACCUCUCGAUAUACCACAGCAUCAUCCGCAAAAAGCCUCAGUGAACUUCCAAUGUCAUCCACAAGGUCAUUUAUGUAUAUUGUGAAUAGUAACGGUCCUACGACACUCGCCUACGGCACACCUGAAAUCACUCUUACUUCGGAAGACUUCUCUCCACUGAGAAUGACAUGCUGCAUUCUGUUAUCUAGGAACUCUUCAAUCCAAUCACACAAUUGGUCUGAUAGUCCAUAUGCUCUUACUUUGUUCAUUAAACGACUGUGGGUAACCGUAUCAAAUGCCUUGCGGAAGUCAAGAAACACGGCAUCUACCUGGGAACGCGUGUCUAAGGCCCUCUGAGUCUCGUGGACGAAUAGCGCGAGGUGGGUUUCACACGAUCGUCUUUUUCAAAACCCAUGCUGAUUCCUACAGAGUAGAUUUCUAGUCUCCAGAAAAGUCAUUAUACUCGAACAUAAUACGUGUUCCAAAAUUGUACAACUGAUAGACACUAGAGAUAUAAGUCUAUACUUCUGCACAUCUGUUUGAGGUCCCUUCUUGAAAACGGGGAUGACCUGUGCCCUUUUCCAAUCCUUUGGAACACUAUGCUCUUCUAGAGACCUACGGUACACCUCUGCAAGAAGGGGGGCAAGUUCCUUCGCGUACUCUGUGUAAAAUCGAACUGGUAUCCCAUCAGGUCCAGUGGCCUUUCCUCUUUUGAGCGAUUUUAAUUGUUUCUCUGUCCCUCUGUCGUCUAUUUUGAUAUCUACCAUUUUGUCGUCUGUGCGACAAUCUAGAGAAGGAACUACACUGCAGUCUUCCUCUGUGAAACAGCUUUGGAAAAAGACAUUUAGUAUUUCGGCCUUUAGCCUGUCAUCCUCUGUUUCAGUUCCAUUUUGGUCACAGAGUGUCUGGACAUUUUGUUUUGAUCCAACUACCGCUUUGACAUGAGACCAAAGUAUCUUAGGAUUUUCUGCCAAGUCAGUACAUAGAACUUUACUUUCGAAUUCAUUGAAUGCCUCUCUCAUAGCCCUCCUCACACUACAUUUCACUUCGUGUCAUUUUUGUUUGUCUGCAAGGCUUUGGCUAUGUUUAUGUUUGCUGUGAAGUUCCCUUUGCUUCCGCAGCAGUUUUCUAACUCGGUUGCUGUACCACGGUGGCUCUUUUCCAUCUCUUACGAUCUUGCUUGGCUCAUACUCAUCUAACACACAUUGUACGAUGGUUUUGAACUUUGUCCACUGAUUCUCAACACUAUCUAUACUUGAGACAAAACUUUUGUGUUGAGCCAUCAGGUACUCUGAAAUCUGCUUUUUGUCACUUUUGCUAAACAGAAAAAUCUUCCUAUCUUUUGUAAUAUUUCUAUUUACGGCUGAAAUCAUUGAUGCAGUAACCGCUUUAUGAUUGCUAAUUUCCUGUUCUGCCUUUACUGUUUAAAUAGUUUGGGUCUGUUUGUCACCAGAAGGUCUAAUAUGUUAUCGCCACGAGUCGGUUCUCUGCUUAACUGCUCAAGGUAGUUUUCAGAUAAACCACUCCAAAAAAUUUCACUGGAUUCUUUGUCCCUACCACCCGUUAUGAAUGUUUGAGUCUCCCAGUCUAUAUCGGGCAAAUUAAAAUCUCCACCCAGAACUAUAACAUGGUGGGGAAAUCUGCUCGAAAUAUUUUCCAAAUUACGCUUCAGUUGCUCAGCCACAACAGCUGCUGAGCCAGGGGGCCUAUAGAGACAUCCAGUUACCAUGUCUGAACCUGCUUUAACCAUGACCUUCACCCAAAUUAUUUCACAUUUAAGAUCUCCAUCAAUUUCCUUUGAUACUAUCGCACUUCUUAUCGCUAUAAACACGCCUCCUCGUUCACUGUCCAGCCUGUCUCUGCACUAUACAUUCCAAUCUGAGUUUCGAAUUUCAUUACUGUUUACAUCUGGUUUCAGCCAACUUUCUGACCCUAAUUCUAUGUGCGCAUUGUGACCGUUUAUUAAUGAGAGCAGUUCUGGAACCUUUCUAUAGACGCUCCUGCAGUUUACUAUUAGCAGAUUAUAUUGUUAUUCCCUGCUGCAUUUUGACUACUCCUACCUUGCCGCGUCUCAGGAGGUGUCUUGUCGGGACUAGGGAGGGAAUUCUCUAACCUAAAAAACCCAUAUGUGCAUUCCACAUGUACUCCGCUACCCUUGUAGCCGCUUCCUGCGUGUAGUGCACGCCUGACCUAUUCACGGGGACCCUACAUUUCUCCACCUGAUAGUGGAGGUCGAGAAAUUUGCACCCCAGAUCUCCACUCGGCUCCAAACCAGAGGACCACGAUCGGUUCUGGGAACGAUACUAUAAAUAGUUAGCUCUGAUUCCACCCCGCGAGCAAGGCUUUCCGCCUUCACCAACUCCGCCAACCGCCUGUAUGAACUGAGUAUGACCUCUGAACCCAGACGGCAGGAGUCAUUGGUGCCUACAUGAGCAAUAAUUUGCAGUCGGGUGCACCCAGUGCUCUCUAUUGCCGCCAGCAGGGCCUCCUCCACAUCUCGGAUGAGACCCCCUGGCAAGCAGACAGAGUGAACACUGGCCUUCUUCCCCGACCUUUCCACUAUUUCCCUAAGGGGUCCAUCACCCGCCUAACGUUGGAGAUCCCAAUCACUAAUAAACCCCUCCCCCCAAGUGCGUGCUCGGACCUUGCUGAAGGAGCAGCCACAUGUCCACACACAGGCAGAGCGGGCGAUGCCACACGGCCAGCCUCAACAUUGACCCUCUGCCUCAUGCGCCACGAAUGCCGCUGAACCCGCCACUCCCCUUGGGGAGAGGGUGGCCCAACCACACCUGGUACCCGCGAAGAUGUCUCGACAGCAGGGGCAGUGGGUGAAGCAUGUAACACCUGGCGUGUACCAUGCGACGCACCAGACUCCCCACUGCCGCUACACUCUGAGGCAGCAGCCUGAAGACGGCUGACCGCGGCCAUCAACACGUUCAGCUGUUCGCAAACAGUGGCCAGUUCCUCCUGCGUCCGUACACAGCAGUCACAAUCUUAAAAUUUAUGAGUUCACAUUGUUAUAGAUAUAUUUUGACUAAGGCUGUCAUCAAGGUGGAUCCUUCAAUAACACGUUAUAAAAUUCAUGGAAUAUUAAAAAUGAUAUUUUGAUGUUAUUGAUCAUACCACGAUAUUGCAAUAUAUUGUAAAAUAUCCAAAUAAAGAGUGUUAUCUAAAAGCAUCAUUUUUAUACUUUGAUGUGAACUCAUUUACCUUAAAAAGUUAUCUUUGCAUUAAAAAUAUCAAAUUUCAGUUAUACAAGUACAAAUAAUUUGUUAAUUUUGUUGUCCCACCACAAAACCUAUUAGCACAUACAGUUCUUUUUACAUGUAGUUUCACAAAAUGUGAUUGCAAAGUUGAAGAAAUUUCCUUCAUGAAAUAUAAAAUAUGUGAUUUACAGUAGAGAAGGCAUUGAGUGGAGACAGGUACAAUUAACAAUAGACUAAGCUGCUGGAAAAUAUCCUCCUUCAUAUAUAGAAAAUAGGUCUCUACACCCAAGAAACAGCAGCAAUAUGUGUGUGUGUGUGUGUGUGUGUGUGUGUGUGUGUGUGUGUGUGUGUGUGUGUGUGUGUGUGUUUUACUAAAUCUGAAAAAGGGCUUUGUCAGAUAGCUUAGAUUACUUUUAAAUGUGUCUAUAUGCUGCUUGAAACAUGAGUAGAAAAUUUCAAAUUGUUGUUACUUCAUCCAGGAUUUUCAGUUGUUUAAUUUACAGUGGAUGAAUUACUGUGGUUUUUAGAAACAAUUUGUUCAGUCUUUGAAGCUAGUUUCAUUGAGAACACAAAUCACAAUCAAACAUCCCACUUGUUACCAUUUUCUAUAUCUUUAGUCUGGAAGACACCUCACGAUUUGGGGCAUAGGAUACUUUGAAAACUGCCAUCACUUCCUUCCUUUCCUGUGCCAGUAGUGAGUGGUCUGUGGGAAGGAUUCUUGAUCAGGUUAUUUGUGAGCUCAAAUUUCUUUAAUUUUACCUUCAUGAUCGUUUUGCAAGCUAUUCAUAAGAGGUAACAAUGUAUGGUUUGACUCUUGUAAGAUGUACAUUCUCAGAAUUGUAACAGUAAACCACAGUAUGGUGCAGAAUACCUCUCUUGUUGUGCCUGCCACUGCAGUUAGCUGAGAAUCUCCAUAAUGUUUUUGUAUUAAUUAAAUGAAUCUGUAACAAAA